GAUGCUUUCCCCCAGCUUCGCCCGUAGCGGCGGGGGUUUUCUGGACUUGGGGCUCCUACUCCGGCGAGGCUGGGUGGGUGGGUCUCCCUUGCUGGCUCUAGCCGAGCAGGGGCAGGGGAUCCAAGAAGCAGAGACCCCCCCCCCCGCGAAACUGGGGUGGGGAGUGAAGGGUUGGUGGGAGAGUCUGUUGGGAUCCAGAAGGGUUUUUUUGCCAUCGGACAGGGGCAGAUUGAGAGGGUUGGGGGGCUUCUGGGCAGAAAUGCUUCUGGAGAAGCUGCAGGGUAGGUGGUCCCCUUUGGCCCAUCCCUGCCUUCUGACAGGUGUGCCACCAGAGGCUGCGUUGGGUCUGGAGACCCCCUGCCUUUCAGCUGAGUGGCUUCUGGAAGUCUGGGGGGAAGAGAUGGCUUGAGAAAGGAUCUGGGAUUACAAAGCCCAUGUGCUCAUUGACCUGGGAUGGGCUUGAUGUCACUGUGAUGAACAUGGGGGGGAGGGUCUUUUAUAGUUCUUCUUUGGGAAGAAAGUUCCUGCAGCUGCCACAUCUUCUCUGCAGCUGCAUCUCCUCCAAAGCCAGGAUGGAGGCUCCGGUGUGCCUGAUUGAAAACACACCCAAUGGCCUCCACGUUUCUCCGGAGGCCCUUCGGUUGCUCUCGGAAAUCCGGCAGCCGGUGGUGGUGGUGUCCAUCGUGGGACUGUAUCGCACGGGCAAGUCCUACCUGAUGAACAAGCUGGCUGGCAAAAAUUCAGGUUUCUGUUUGGGCUCCACAGUGCAAGCAAAAACGAAAGGAAUCUGGAUGUGGUGUGUUCCCUAUCCGGACAGGCCUAACCAAACCCUUGUCCUGCUGGAUACUGAGGGGUUAGGUGACGUGGAAAAGGGCAGUCCUCAAAAUGAUACCUGGAUCUUCGCUUUGGCCGUGUUGCUGAGUAGCACCCUCGUCUACAACAGUAUUGGGACUAUUGAUCAGACUGCUCUGGACAAGCUUCAUUUUGUGACAGAGCUGUCUGAACAUAUCAAGACCAAGGCUUCCUCCAUUCCUGGAGAUAGAAAUGAUACUUCUGAAUUCGUUGGCUUCUUCCCAGCUUUUGUCUGGACGGUGCGAGAUUUCACACUGCAGCUGGAACAUGAUGGGAAACCCAUCUCGGAGGAUGAUUAUCUCGAACAUGCUCUGGAAUUAAAAACAGGGAACACCGAAAAGGAGCAGACAUUCAAUCUGCCACGCAAAUGCAUCCGGCUAUUCUUCCCCACCCGGAAGUGUUUCGUCCUUGAAUGCCCUACAAAAAGGAAGAAGUUACCUUUCCUAGAACAGAUGGAGGACAGUGAGCUGGAGCCUGAAUUUGUGGAACAAGCGAAGUUGUUUUGUCGUUACGUCUAUUGGACUUCUCGAGAGAAGACUCUUCCAGGCGGGCACGUUGUCACUGGCAACUUGUUGGCAAAGUUAGCCAAGGGCUAUGUGGAUGCAAUCUCUAGUGGGAACGUUCCCUGCCUGGAGAAUGAAGUCUUGGCCUUGGCGGAGAUUGAGAACAGGGCAGCCUUGCAGGAAGCUGUUGCUUGCUAUGCACAACUGAUGGAGCAAAGCAUGGAGCUACCCACUGAGACUCUCCAGGAACUCCUGGAUGUACACAAAAAAUGUGAGGAACAAGCCCUCAAAAAGUUCAUGGCUCGUGCCUUUAAGGAUGAUAAACGUCUGUUCCAGGCUGAAUUCAUGAAAACUGUGGAUAGCAAAAAGGAAGAGUACUGCAGGAAAAAUGAGCGGGAAUCUUCUAAAAUCUGUUCAGCUUUAUUGAAUUCACUCUCUGAGAACCUGGAGCAGAACAUCAAGAACGGAAGCUACUCCCGAUCUGGUGGCCACCAGGAAUUUGUAAAUGACCUCCAAAAAGUGGAGAAACAAUUUUUGGAGACACCUAAGAAAGGAAUAAUGGGAGGGAAUAUCCUGAAAGAAUUCCUCCAGAGCAAGGAAAACAUCAGCAAAACCAUCCUUCAAAGUGAUGUGAGCCUUCAAGAGAAAGAGAAGGAAAUAGAAGAGGAAAAAAUGAAGGCCAAAGCCAAAGAACUAGAGGAUGAGGUCCAGAGGCAGGAAAUGAAAAUGCUCCAACAGAAGGUGGAGGACCAGAAACAGAGUUAUGAGAUGAACCAACAGAAGCUAAUGGAGAAGAUGGAGGAAGAAAGGAAACAGAUGAAGGAAGAGUAUGAGAAGAUGAUGCAAAGCAAACUCAGGGAACAGAAGGCUUUAUUGGAAGAGGGUUUCUGGAAGGACGCAGACCAACUGAGCAAGGAAAUCCAGCAGCUCAAAACCGAAAAGGAAGCUGCGGAAGGACCAAGUUGGCUCGACACAACUCUUGACUUAUUUAAAACUGCACUAAAUAUUGCAGCACCCAUACUUUCUACGGUUUUUCUCACACGUGACCGAAAAAAGUAGGAGCAUGGUCGCCAGGCAACUGGACAACACCGUGAUUGGAUCAUGUGACAGAUUCUUUGGAGUGGAGAGAAAACAUUGACUUUUAAUUAGGUGAAAAACAGCAGGAACCUUCAGAGCUGUUUUUCACCAGGGCUGUGCCAAUAUGAUAUAUCCAAUAAAGCUACU